CCCGCCCCGUCCGCCUCGCCUCGCCCGGCCCGGCCUGCCUCGCCUCGCUGCGCCGCGCCUCCUCCGAAGAUGGCGGCCCGCACGAGCCCCUCAUGCUAGGCGCGCGCCGCAGCCCCAGCCCGCCUCCAGGGCCCGCGGAGAGCUGCUUCCCCCGCCGCCGCCUCAGCCGCCGCCUCAGCCGCCGCCUCGCUCCCCUCAGCCGCCUCAGCAGCAGCAGCAGCAGCAGCGGAGCGCCGCGCAAGGUCGCUGAAAAGUGCCUUCCUUGAAACUGGCAUCGCUACAGCUGCUUCGACCCCCGACUUGGGCUUUGCCUCACCUGCACUCCGGAGGGGAUCGAGAGCGCCCACCACCCACAGCCGCCUUCGAGCCCUUCCGCCUGCCCCCUUCUUUGGAAAGCAGCCCCUUCCCGUCGCUGCUCGGUGCGCCUGGGACAUCUCAGCCAGCCGUUCAAUCGCCAUCCCUUGUCUUUUCCACUCGGUCAUCUUUGUACCCCCUUCUUCUUCUUCUUCUUCUUCUUUUUCUUCUUCUUCCCAACUAUGUAACAAACUCGAGCCUGUACGGAAAAAAGCAAGGAAGAAGAAAGGCCAAAACGCAAAACAAACCGAAGGAAAUAGAAAACGAAAACAAAAAAAAGAGACAUUUCUUCCACCGGUGGUGUUAACGCUUGCAGCUUUUUGUAAAUGUUCCAGGCACAGGACGAAAGGAUAGAAACUUGCUAAAGGUUUCUUUUCUGCCAAGGAGUAAAACCGCUCCCCUCGGCCUGCACGUUGCAUUUUCUUGAACUGGUUUUGCGUGAGAGUAGAGGAAACCCAUAACUCGAGAGCACAGAAACCUGUGAGGACGCGGUAACAGAGGAAUGCGAGUUGUUUUGAAAUAAUUUUGGCAGUGGCACAAAACAUUUACCUAUAUAUAUAUAUAUACAUAAAUAUAUAUAUACAUACAUAUAUACAUAUAUAUAAAGACAUAUAUAAAUAUAUAACAUUUCUAUUUUAACUUUGACAAUUGCACUUUUAGGAGCUGGCCUCUAAUUUGAUUUUUUUAGUUAAUUCUGACGAGAUUUCUAUUUUAUGAUUGGCUAAAAGUUUAACCUUUUCUUUUCGACAAGCAUCAUUUGACUUCGAUGAAACCUAAGUGCUGACGAAUUGAAAUUUUACCAAAGCAACAAAAGUUAUUUCUUCACAUUUUUAACUUGAAUUUCCUUUUGAUAAAGAAAUACAACCCCCCCAACACACAUACACACAGACACAGACACACUUUCACCCUUUCUUCAAAAGAAAUCACUAGUAUUCGCACGAAGAACAUUGUGUUCCCCCUUUUCCUCUCCUUUUUAGCCCCUUUUGGGGACAUUUUUUAAAAAAAACAUGGCGCUCAACGUUUCCUUGGUCCGCGACACGAAAUGGCUGACGCUGGAAGUCUGUCGGGAGUUUCAGCGAGGAACCUGCUCUCGUUCCGACACCGAGUGCAAGUUUGCCCACCCUUCCCGGAGCUGCCACGUGGAAAACGGACGCGUCAUCGCCUGCUUUGAUUCCCUGAAGGGUCGGUGCACUCGAGAAAACUGCAAAUACCUUCACCCUCCGCCACACUUAAAAACACAACUUGAAAUCAACGGGCGCAACAACCUGAUCCAGCAAAAGACAGCCGCUGCCAUGUUUGCACAGCAAAUGCAGUUCAUGGUCCCUGGAGCCCAGCUGCAGCCGAUUAUGACGUCCAAGGCCCCUUCCAACUCGGUUCAUCUGAUGACAGCCUAUCCUUGGCUUGCUCUUUCCCAACAGACAACGUUUCCUGUGACUCCUUCGCUUGCAACCAGCCCCACCAUGGCGUUCAGCCCCUACUUAAGCCACGUUUCUCCAGGGAUGGGCUUGAUGCCUGCAGAGCUCUUACCAAACACACCCGUUCUGGUAUCCAGCAACCCCGGGGUCUCGGUACCCGGUGGCUCCACAGGGCAGAAACUCAUGAGGACAGAUAAAUUAGAGGUGUGCCGAGAGUUUCAGCGUGGGAAUUGCACGCGGGGCGAGAACGACUGCCGCUACGCUCACCCAAUCGACAUCGCCAUGAUUGACACGAACGAGAACACGGUCACGGUGUGCAUGGAUUACAUCAAAGGCCGGUGCUCCAGGGAGAAAUGCAAGUACUUUCACCCCCCUGCGCAUUUGCAAGCUAAAAUCAAGGCAGCUCAGCACCAGGUGAACCAGACGGCUGCAGCCGCAAUGGCAUUGCCACCUGGUGCCCUUCAACCUUUACCAAAGAGGCCAGCACUUGAAAAAAACAACGGUGCCACCACAGUCUUCAGCCCGAGCGUUUUCCACUACCAGCAGGCUCUCGCCAACAUGCAGUUGCAACAGCCUGCCUUCAUCCCGACAGUUCCCAUGAUGCACGGUGCUACGCCCACCACUGUUUCUGCAGCAUCUACACCCGCCACCAGCGUUCCUUUCGCUGCAACUGCAACAGCCAAUCAGAUCUCCCAGUUAUCGGUCGAUGAACUGAACAACAGCAUGUUUGUGUCACAGAUGUAGAAGCCACACAACACGUCCUGUUGGCAUCCUGGAGCAGAAACGGUGGCACCCCCCCCCCCUCCCUGUGCGUCUUGUUUCCUACCCCUCUCCUGGCAGGAAGCUGAAGUGGGCUCUCUAUGCUUUCUGCCCCCUUUUCCUUCUCUCCGGCAUCGACAGUAAGCCUACGACAAACAUCCAUGUUAACCAAAAACUGAUCUGUGGGAAUGUCAAAACAAUUUUUUUUUUAAAAAAAGCACUAUAUAUAUAUACAUAUAUAUAUAUAAAAAACCGAUUAAGAAAACAGUGCUCUGUUAUAUGAGACAUAGAAGUAGAGAACUAUAAAAUAGACUUUUAUAACAUCUUACUUUAACACACUUUUUUAAAAGUGGGGUUUUAUUUUUUUCCUGUCUACCAUCAAGACAAAAGUGCUCUUGCACAGUGGACUUAACUAGGUUAAUUGUUCUAUCGUCAAUGGAUAAAUGUUCGUCUGAUUUUUCAAAGUGUUAUCUUAAUGUUUUGUUUACAUCCUAGUCUAUAUUGACUUUAUUUGGAGAGAGACACAAAAAAAAAAAGAGUUAUACAUCGUUAUCAAGUAUAUUCCACACCAUUUCUUUUUCUUUCCACGAUCAUGAUAUCUUAACCAUGUUCAUAGAUGACCGUUGUUAUCAAUUUCCCUUUUCCUUCCCCCUUUUCGAAACGAGAUGCUACAGAGGUUACGACGGGAAAGAGGAAGGCCUUGCUUUAAAAAAAAAAAAAAGAAACGGAAACGGAAAAUCUGAAGAUAUUCAGACAGGUUGUUCGUAGUUUCUGAUCAAUUUCUGAUUAGGUUGGUUUUUAAACAUUGUAAAUAAUGCCCAAACCUCCCUCCACCCCCUGUCCAGAAACAGAGCAGAAAGUAAAAAUGGACCAGGGACUCUACAUGCUGAAGAAUUUUCAAGGAGGGGGGAAAAAAACUUCAAUUUUCAGUUACAAUUUCCUGCAGCACAUGGCCCUCAACUUCUUAAUACUUUAGUGACCAGGUUUUAAGGAAAUCAUGUUGAAGAAGAUUGAUUCUUUUUUAUUUAAAAAGGGGGCCUUUUUACCCUCCAAAAUCAAAGUUAAUCUGUAAUAUAUUUACAGAACCAAAAGAGAAAGCGGGUUAGUCCAACCCCUUAUCUUAGAUCAGAUAAGUAGAGCCAAGCAGAUGCCACAGUUCUCCGUUUGCUGCUUCUCUUGCCAAUAAUGACGUUAAUUAAUUAAAGGGCACUUAGAAAACCUACGCAUGGACAGCAUUUCCAUCUCUCAGUUGCAAAAGGCCUUCCUGGAACGGCUUGUGUAUUGCACCAAUACAUCAUAACCUCCAGGUCCUUGGGAACAUCUGGAUGGGGAUGAAGGCCAAGCCCAGCUAAAGAGCCGGCAGCUGUGGUUUCACAUCACGUGUGUGUGUAUGAGAGGAACGAAUUUCCUUGCCUCCAAUCAUGUAGUGAAACAAAACAAGUCUUCACAGCUUCCCCCAGAAAUGUUCUUUUUCUUCAAAUAGGUUAACACUUCCCUGUCCGCAAAGACACCGAUUUUACAAUGUAGGGUUUAGGAUCUGGAGGUAAUUCUGGAUGCAUCAGCCCUCGGGGGCUCGCUCGUUUUAAUUCAGAGAGUUUGGCAUCCCCGUACAAAAUGGCUGGGCGGAAAACCCGGCUGGUGUUCAGUUCUGAAGCAUGAGUGUUUUUGGUUAUUUUUACUUUCGGGGUGGUGGUGUCAAUCAGGGGUGUCCAACCUUGGCAACUUUAAGACCUGUGGACUUCGAUUCCCAGAAUUCCCCAACUCUCCCAGGCUGGGGGAUUCUGGGAGUUGAAGUCCACAGCUGGUGUAAGUUGAGAUGCCUUUUCCAAAGUUGGAAACCCCAUAAAAUCCAAAAAACAAGGAGAAGCCCAUCUUGGAGGACACCCCUGAUUGAUGGGAAGGUGGAAAUCAGCCUCCGGAGAACUAAGCUACUUCAAAGGCUGACCAAAAUAUUCAUCCAGCUCCUUGAAUUUGGGCAUCCUGGGCCCGUCUGAAUGUCCUUCAGAUCCUGGUUGCAGACUUCCCUGUUUCCCGGCUUCGUAACCGAGUUAAUGGAGGAAAAACAGGAUUUGAAUACUCCUUAGGGAGCAGAUAGUUGUAUAUUUUAAAGAUGGUGGCGGCAGUGGUGGCGACGAUGAUGAUGAUGAUGACGAUACGGGAUUUGCACAACCUGUGGCAGUGCCUCUACAGAGAACAUCCCUGAUCUCUAGUUGGGAAAAAUUAUUAGACACACGCACACACUCACGCAUUUUGUGACCACACACCGGUGUUAGCUUUACGCUCUUCAAGCGAGGAAGGCGGAGACUCCGUUUUUUUAGCGCGAUGUAGCUGGAGAUUUGUGUAACCUUGUCACUUUGAUGUAACUCUCUGGUUUUCUCUGAAUGAUGUUGAGAAGCAAAUAAGAAUUCUUGCGUAGGUGUGCACAGAAUGUAAACCUAACACAUUUCCACAGCAUUCGGUUUCGCAGCUUUUUAAAAGUGCUCAGAAGACAGAAAUUCAGGGGUGCAAUUUCGUUGUCUUUCUCCCCCCCCCUCUUUUUUUUGGGGGGGGGCAAAAUGUAGGAGCCCCCCCCCCCCAAAAGGACGGGGGGGAGUAGGGAAGUUUGACUCCUGGCUGUCUUUAUCAAAAGUUUCCUGUAACCAGUUGAAAAAGUUGCACUCUUGCAACAGACAUUGAAGCUGAUCAUACGACCACACGCUUAACACGUCUCACACAUACACACACACAAACACACACACACACACACAUACUUUAUGUGGAGAUCCAGUGAUAGGUGUGUCAGGGUAACUUUUCUAGGUGCCACAAGAAUUUUUUUUCUUGUUUUUUUUUUAAUACCAACUUUCGCAAAUUUAGUGUUUGUUUGUAAGAGAGAGGAGGGGAAAGAAAAGUUUUGAGAAAAAGAUAAAAAAAAUAAAAUAAGAGCAAAGCUUGAAGCUUUGGAAAACUUCACCAAAUUUUCAACCCGAGGGUGGGAAUAGAAAUGCCAUUUGUUGAGGGUAGCACUAUUAAAAAAAAAAGAUUGUUUGUGCAAUGACUUCUUUAUUCAAGAAAGAAAGAAAAAAAAAGUAAAAAAAAAUACCACAGUCGACAGACUAUAAAUUCCUUAGGAGCUGCAUUCUGUCUACAAAGUCGCUGAGCUAUUUUGGUGACUCUAAAAUGAAAUCUCCCGAACCUGGAUUCAGGUGUGAACUUGAUUCCAGAGAUUUUCUAUAAAGAUUGUUCAAAUCUUGUGUGUGAGUUUUAACGACUUAUUAUUAUUAUUUUUUACAAAAAAAAAAAAGGCGCAGGUGAAUCCAAGCCUGUAUCUUUUUUUUUUUCCUUUUUAAUUUAUCCAAAGUUUCUUUCUCUCGAAAAGUAUGCAUGUGGUUUAUCGAUUGGUGGACGUGUGCCCAUUUUCUCUCAGCCUUAUGCAAAUAAUAUGCAAGAAAUGCAGAAACUUGAAUAAAACGGGUCAUUGCAGAGGGAAAACGGAAAAAAGAGCGCUGAUUGGUCGUUUUUGAGGGGGGGGAGAUUUGUUAGCCAUUCCAUUAAAAGAAAAAUGAAAAUUGUAAAAAAAGAAAAAAAGAAAAGAACGUGUGUUCCUAAAACCUUGAACAUAAUAACGUGCACAAAAACAGAGAGGGAUUUAGAAGUCGGUGGAUCUGUAAAAUGAUGAUUCUUAUCUUAAAAAGUACAGUGUUCUGAUGGAUUAGAUUAUUUUUUCAUAAUCAACCCCGUUCGGUUUAGUUUUGGUUUUUUUUUUUUUACAAAAAUUGUUUAGCAUAAAGGGAUUAUUAUUAUUAUUAUUAUUAUUAUUAUUAUUUGUAAAGUGGUGUAAUUUUUGCAAUACUGUGUGAAAUUCUCUCCCCAGCCCAGAGCCAGCCCCCCCACCCCAGGACGGCUUCUGCCCUUGGGUAAAAUCUUGUCCCAGCCUCUUAUAUUUUUCAGCCUGCCGUCAAUCCUGGGAAAUGAUCCAGUGAAGAGAUUUGUUAAGUGAGCCCAGAAACGAGAUUCCUUUGGUUUUGCUUAGGAGAAUGAGUGAGCUGGAAGGGACCUUGGAGGUCUUCUAGUCCAGCCCCCUGUUCAAGCAGGGGAACCCAUACCAGGCUUGGCUCUUCUUAAAAACAUCCAGCGAUGUUUUCCCUCCCCAUGACUAUUUUCCUUCCCAUCCCAUUCUCCUUCCUCAUACAGAAAGUCCUGGACUUAAAACCGUGACUGAUUCCCCAGAUCUCAGUUGCUAAGCGAGGCAUUCGUUAAGUGGCAACCUCUCUUGCCACUGUCGUUAAGCAGAUCACCACAGUCAUUCAGUUAGACCCACGAUUGUUAAGUGAAUCCAGCUUCCCCCGUUGCUUGUCAGAAGGUCGCAAAAGACUCUGUGACCGUCAUAAAUAGGGGACUGUUGCCGAGCGGCUGAAUCUUGGAUCACAUGACCCUGGGGCAUAAGCGUGAAAAACGGUCGCAAGUCCCCUUUUUCCCCAGCGCCGCUGUAACUUGGAAUGGUCGCUAAAUGGACCGUUGUAAGUCAAGGACUUCCCGUCAUACUAUCAGAGAACUUAAAAACUCCAUUUCUGAAUCUUCUGAACCAGAUUGAAGGGCAGUCUGGAAUAAGAUGGCUUUCCAAGAGGGAGGAUCUUUGGGGAAGAUGCAUUUCCCUCCUCCUUUUUUAUCCUAGUCUUCAUCAUGGCUUGUAAGCCUCCUAGAGUUGAUGUAGCCAUAUAAAUUCCCAAAAUAAAUUAACCAAAUGAAUCUGGCUUCCUCCCAAAAUCUCUGAACUCGGGACAAUCGGUUGGAAUUUCUUUCAAAAUUCCCCCAAAGCCGACAACUGCUUCGUGCACCAGGACGGCGGCAGGCUGAUUUUCCACAGCGUUUACUUAGAGAGUAAAAAACAGCUGUUGUCUUGAGCAAGAUAUUUGAUUAGUUGGGCAGGGAGAGGAAGUACAACGAAGCCAGUUUAUUGCUAGGGAGGAAAGCAAACCUUAGGAAUUAGGUUUAUUCCCUCCUUUUUAAGGGGGUUUGCAGAGCAGCCACAUCUGUCCGAAGGGCGGGGAUUGUGGUGCGAAUCCUAGGCAUCUUUUCCCAAAAGAAAUCUCAGCCUUUCCCUAGCGCGUGCUGGUCCCCAGGUUUUAAGGCUGCAGACAUGCAAUCCUGGCUUGUCAAAGUGACCCUUUUUACACCUUAGAUCAGGGGGGGUCUCCAAACUUGGUAGCUUGUAAGACUUGUGGGCUUCAAUUCCCAGAAUUCCCAGCUAUGCUGGCUGGGGAAUUCUGGGAGUUGAAGUUCACAAGUCUUAAAAGUUGCACUAGAUAGAUAGAUAAACGAGAGUGAUAAGAUGUUAAAUAUUGGAAGUUUCCCCCGUGGGCAGAAGGCAGGUUCGGCCUCCUGUUGAUCUCAACCGAUUACUUUAAUGCAGGAGAGAUCUCUAGGAAGUGUCAAUGCACAAAAAGUUUUAGAAACUGGAGUUUCUUCCCCCUCCCUUUCUUUUUUUCUUUUUUUAAAAAAAAGCCGUAAUACAUUUCACUGACAACUAAAAAACAAAAGUGAAAUAUAUGAGGAAAAGUCUUAAAUUUCCCCUUCCUCCUGAAAGGAUGUACCGAAAUUAUUUUUACCACGUUGCCUGAGCAAGGCCUUAGAAUAUAUUGUAUGUUUAAGACUGUAGUAAUUUUUUUAAGGAAAAGAUACCUAUUACUAGUUGAUAGCCUAAAAAUAAUUGUAAAUAGAACUUAAAAGGCGUUGUUAAUAGGCUACAACAAGUUAAUUCAUGUUGCAUUACUUUCCAUUUAUUUUAUUGUUCGUUUUAACAGAUUUUAUUAUUGCUUUCAUAUGUGUGUGUAUAUAUAUAUAUAUAUACAUGCACACAUACGUGCAUGUAUACAUAUAUAAAUAUAUAAUCUUUAGUAACUAAUGAAUUUAAUUUUUGAAGGAGAGUUAGAGAAUGUUAAGAUUUUUAAAUACAUGUAUUCAACUCUUUUAGUUAUCUUCUAAAAAAAAAAACAAGACUGAAGCGCAUGCCAAGAUAAUAGAAAACAGAAAAAUACAGUCCAUAGUUUGUAUAGUUUACAGUUUAAGAACAAACGGAAGAAUUAACUUUGUAUGUAACUCCUUACAAUGAUAGAUUCAUUGUUAACUAAUUAUAAUUAAGUUGUUGUUGCUAUGGCAACAAAACUACAACAUGGCUACCUUUGUAUACAUUAUUUGUGAAAUUUUCACAUGUAAAUUUAAAAAAAAAAAAAGUAAUGUGUAACAGUAUGGGUUUGUUUAAGGUACAAUUCAAGACUGUCGGAGAAAUAUAUGACUGAAUAUUUUUAAAAUCCCAAAGUCCCAUGUGAACGCUGGAUUUGUGUCUUCGAUGUCACUUUUUCAGUCAAAAGUUUACAACACAUGGAUUUAGAGUCAGGUUUUAUAGCUUGUAGAAAUUGUUGCGUGGGUUGGGUUAUUCCACAAUAUUUUUCCUCGGCGAUGGAAAUUAGAGAAAAAAGGGUUGCCAUGGGGGUAGCAUUCAAAGCGUUUAGUUCCAUUUCCAAAUAGUAGAUAUUUUGGGAAACGAAAUAACAGAAUUCGGUCCGCAGAUUCCCAGAAAAGUCCAAACGAAAUCAAGGGAACGUUGCAUUCUGCAAAAAUUGAGACUUUUGCUUUCGCUUGGACUUGAUAUAAUUACCGCAAAAUCUGCACGGAAUUGUGUAACCGUCUCCUUGAUGUUUGUAAAAAUCAUCUGUCUUAAGAAAAUGGUGUUCUAAUCAGGACCAGGAAAGAAAGACAAAUCUAUAUUUUUAUUUAUAAGCAGAAGGAGGAAGAGUUAGAAUAUGUAUGAGACGCACGCACGCACGUCCCAAAAAAAGUACUGUGGAAUAACUCUGUGACAGUGUUGAAGAAACCAAUAUGCUGCAGUUAAACUGAUUCAGUUGGUGUACGAAUGUGUGAGACAUGUCUUUUUGCACUUAUGUACAUAGUCCACGAGAAGAAAUCCUUGGAACUUAUUUUGAAUAUAUUAAAAAAAAAAAAAAGGUCUGUAAUAAUACAAGGUAAAAGUUUGUAAAAGAGAAUUACUUAAGGCUUUGAAGAGGAAGAGAUUUUUUGCUAUGAAACUUAUCUGAACGCCUGAAGUUGCUUUUGCUGUUCUCCGAGCUUCGUAGUUUUGCCAUAUUAGUUUGUAAUACAGCGAACUGGUGACUUCAACCUGCAGCUCAGAAGAAGAUUCCAUAUGGGAAACAAAAUACUUGACUUCAGAAUCAGGGUCACCCACAAAGGUUCCCCCAAGGGUUUCCUCUCGCCCCGAGAGAGAAGAGCCGGUUCCAAAGCUCAUCGUUCGUUCGUCCCAGAGUUUGAAUAAACCAGAAUGUGCCGCUGGAUAGAUCUGUCCGGCUCUAUCCAUGCUGCUCCGCCCUUAAAUCCAAAUUUUGUGGGUCUGGUUCACUUGACCCUCCCAACUAAGGCUUCCCCAGCCCCAGGAGGCCCCAUGCUGGCUGAGGGAUUCUGGGAAUUGAAGUCCACAAAGUUUUAAAAAGUUGCCAAAUUUGGAGAGCCCUGGCCAAGAGGAUAGGAGUUCUCCUCCCAACCCGCCCCCGAGUUCCCGAGAAUGGCUUUGCACAGAAUGUGGAGGUGUUGAGCCAGGUCCAGUCUUUAAGACAAGGGGACCUGUGCAUAGGCUUGUGACAAUCUUGGAGAGAUCGAGAAUGUACAAGAAAAUGUACCAUUCGUUUCUUUCGGUGCGGGCGUGCACCAUGUUAUCUGGAAAGAUGGCACAGACGAGUGUGAACUGUGAGCUCAGAUGCGUGUGCUAGCCAAAAAGGGAUAGAUCGCAAUGGACUUUGUGCAGUUCUAAAAUGAAAAAAGCACUCCAAAUUAGAGGGAGAGAGAGAGAGAGAGAAAUAAAUCUGGGUCCACCUGAGAUGUGAGAUGAGGCUUUACGUGUGAGUUGGGCGGCUGUAUAACCUAGUUUAAUAAAUAAUAAAAUAAAUUAACGUGCCAUGGACCCCCCCACUGCCAAUGCCCAAUAUUAACCUCAGCACCAGGUUUUAAAAAGUCAAGAAACUUUGGCCAAGUUGACCUCCUCCAGUUGGGUUGACUUUCAACAUUCAGGAGCAGAAACUGGGCUGGUUGAGAAGCAACGUAGAAGAGCUGAAGUGCCACCUAGUCAAGUUAAGGACACGCCUCUCCUUAAGGCCGCUUCCCCCCAGCCAAAGACCCCUUUGAAGACCCCCUCGGUUGGGGAAAGAGGUCUCUUUUGGGGGGUGGGUGCCCUUUGAUUGUAAGUGGAGGGGGAGAAGCUCGACUCUAGUAGCCCCCUCCUCCAAAAGCAAGCCCAGGAAACCUUUGUCGGUGACCCACAUGUCCUGUAAAUCAGAAGCUUCGUGCCUUCCAAAGAAGGCCACGCAGAAUAAACCCCCAACCUAUGCCAAUAGAUAAUGAUUGAAAUGUCAAAAAAAAGUGGUUCUUUUUUUCCAAACACACGACAGAGGGAAAUCACCUGACGUAGAUAUUUACAUGGUUUCAGGUCUUCGUUACUGUACACAGAUGCUAUUUGAUGGUUGUGGAAGCCAAAUAAUUUUGUUGCCAUGGCUCUUGGUAUCCAGACAGCUGAGGGGACGUCUUCUCUUGCCUUCAUAUGGGGAGGGGAAAGGGGGGGGGAUAUUCCCGUUCAAUUGUGCUUCGUCUUGCAGCCACUGGGACCAAAAAAAAUAAAAUCUUCCAAAAUUCAGAACGGCAAAACCAAACCUAUUAACGUGACGAGGGUUGAUUUUUAUUUUUCCAAGGAAGGGCAGAUUUUAGUGCAGAAAUGUGAAUUCUGCGGCAAAUAAAUCCAUGAUCUACAACCAGAAUAAGCCAGGAAAAACCUCAAUCUUUCUCCAGGUUUCAAAUGCUUAAUUCAGACUUUUGCACGAAAUCAAGAAGGGGAGGGAUUCGGAUCCUAAAGUCUUAAUUUUUUGUAAUUAUUUGGAUUGAUUUGACUUGGGUUUCCCUUCCCCCCCCCUCAAAAAAACCCUUCCAAUUUUGAAAAUUUAAAAACAAACUAAAAUGAUUGUGUAAAAAAUAUAAUCUUGCCAGGGACCAAAAGGAGACUCGGUAGAAAAUCAGUUGAUUCGUUUUCAAUCUGGUUCCAUCGUGAUGCAAAUCCAGAUUAGUUCCAAUCUUGUUAAAUUCAAGGCCACCGAGAAGAGAUCAUUCCCUCAGUUGUUACGGAUGGAAUAUAAGCUUUGAUGUUUUUAUUUUUUAUUUUUCCUUUUCGCCACAUUUAUAUUGCUAGCGUGCUUGUUUGUGCUUUCUAGAAAACAUUGCAUAAUGCAACUCAUUUUACUCUGUUACUUCUAUAUUGUUAUUGUUUAUUUUAUUUUUUUCCUCCCGGAUCUUUUAAUAAAGUGUAUAAAAUUCUCUCUGUAUGUUUUUUACGAACCUAUAUCAACACAUUUAAUAAAUAGGACUUUACUUU